GCCAGGUAACAGGGGGGAAGAUAUGAAUUCCUAUUUCACAAACCCGUCGCUCUCUUGUCACCUCACCAGUGGUCAAGAAGUCCUGCCCAGCGUGCCGCUCAAUUCCACUGCUUAUGACCCUGUAAGGCAUUUUUCUACGUAUGGAGCCGCGGUUGCACAAAACAGGAUCUAUUCAUCUCCUUUUUAUUCACCGCAAGAUAAUGUUGUGUUUAGCUCCAGUCGGGGACCAUAUGAUUACGGAUCGAAUGCCUUUUAUCAAGAAAAAGACAUGCUCUCUAGCUGCAGGCAAAAUUCUAUGGGACACAAUACACAAACUUCUAUUGCACAGGAUUUUGCAAGUGACCAAAACAGGAGCACGUCCCAGGAACAGAAAGCUAGCAUUCAAAUAUACCCGUGGAUGCAGCGCAUGAACUCCCACAGUGUUUGUUUGGUUUCCGAAUCCCUAGGAGUCGGCUACGGAGCAGACCGGAGGCGGGGGCGUCAGAUCUACUCGCGCUACCAGACGCUGGAGCUGGAGAAGGAGUUCCAUUUUAACCGGUACUUGACGCGGAGGCGGCGGAUUGAGAUCGCCAACGCGCUGUGCCUCACCGAACGCCAGAUCAAGAUCUGGUUCCAAAACCGGAGGAUGAAGUGGAAAAAAGAGAGCAAUCUGACUUCCACGCUACUGGGGGGAGGUGGCGCUGGAGCAGCCGCCGAGAGCUUGGGCGCGAAGGAAGAGAAAAGAGAAGAAGAGACGGAGGAGGAGGAAAAACCGAAGGAAUGAACCAGGACGGCUCUCGGCCAACAAAAUUCCCUUCUCCUCCCCUCCAGUCUCACCCACGAGCACAGCCCAGAGAAGGUCCCCUUCCUUUCCAUCCACCACCCGGCUCUCUCCUGCCUUCCUUUCCCUUCUCAUUACUGCAGGCACAAAUGCUACAUUGGGUUAAAUUAAACGGGGGGGGGGCAAGGGGGGAGAGAUAGAAAACCCCCUCCUCCACUUUCAGUUUCCAGCGCUCAAGUCCCAGACCCUUGACUCCCAGAUCUCCUUUACUUUCCCCUUUAGAGGCUCCUGCCCCCCCCCCUUGUUCCUGGCCUCCUUGCCCAGUGACCCGGCUUUUCCUAAAGUGCACACACACACACCCAGAGACAUACACACAACCCACACACACCCAUACACAAGUGAGAUAAACUCCCCUUGGGAUUCCUUCUUUGCCCUCUCUAGUCAGAAUCUGCCUGCCAAAGGAGAAGGGUUCUCUUUGGGGGGCUUCCUUCCAGUAGAGCUGGGUUCGACCAGGCAGGUCCAAAAAAAAAAAACUCUGGGCAGUUUCAUUUUCCUAAUAGAAAGAAAGAAGGAAAGAAAGAAGGAAAGAAAGAAAGGUGGUGAUGUGGAUCGUGGAAAAGAAGCUGGGUUUUAAAAAAGAAAGAAAACGUAACACAGUUCACCCACUCACCUAGCCCAAUGAAAAGGACUUCCGUCCAUAUAUCCUUCUCCAAGCUACAUCCGCCUAAAAUAUAGCGCUUUCUUUCCAGAGUAAACUCAUUGUAUUGAAGACACUACCUGAAGUCAUGAUGCAUACGACAAACUGUGAUGGUUCCUGUGUGAAUAUUUUUAGCUGUAUUUGUGGUCUCUGUAUUUAUAUUUAUGUUUAGCACUGUAAUGGUCAAACGGUAAAGUGAAUGGCAUUCUAUAGCAAGUAAGAGAAAAGCAAACCUUGUGUUAAGCUUCCUAGCAUCAUGUAUAAAAAAAAAACACACAAAAAAAGUCAUGUCCAAAGGACUAUGGUUGAGUAUUUAAUAAAAACUGGAUAUUAUUUUUAAAAA